AUGGCCCUUGAACUCCCGGCUGGGGUGAACAAACGGUAUGCUACCCUUGCUGCAAUCACAAUCUCCAUCUUCUGGCUGUGGAUUGUCUUUGAUCGACCGUACGAGCUUCCCGACAACAUUUCUUGGAACAUCUAUUCCGGUGCCACCAAGCCGACAGCUACUACUUCCACGCACGCGAUCGAUUCGACAGUAGACCUCUUCGACGUCCCCGUACUCGAGUCCGAAGCCCUCAAAGAAGUUUGCUACGAGACCCACUGGAAUAAGAGCUUGGUCUUCACAUGCGAUGAGUCGGCGGGAGGGAUUGGGAGCAUUCGAAGUUCCGUUCUACACUGCAUCCGAUAUGCAGUAGCGGCGGGUGCAAGCCUUGUGCUCCCCAGUAUCGUACUACGAAAUGCUUCAGAUAUAUCGCACAUAAGUACGGGGCUCAAAACGGACUUGGAAUACAUGUUCGACGUGCCAUACUUCAUGCAUUCGGUACGCCUCAGCUGCCCCGGACUUAAUAUACUCGAGUCGAAAGCGAAGAUCAAAGACCUCAACACCGAAUAUGACGCAAUUUCACUUCUGCCAGAUAGUGUGGUCAAUUUUACCAAUCCAAUUCAUGGCCAGCCAAAACUGGAGAAAGUCAUAGGAACCUCCUUCCACGAUCCCAUAACCUGGCGCGCCGAAUUCUAUGGUUGGCUAAGGCAAUUCUACAUCAAGGAUAGAAAGGGUCCAGUUGUUGUUGACCUUGAAAUAUCGCAUUUGCAAUAUCCCGUCGCUUCAGAUGGUGAAGGCUUUGCUCUUGACUUCGGCUCACUCCUCAGAUUCCGCGCGGAUGUGCGCGGACUCGCGACCCAAGUCAUUCAGGGACUCGCGGAACAAUACACACCCAAUAUAAACCUUACUGCAGACUACUAUCCGAACGCCUUCUUUGGAGUCCAUUUACGAACUGAGAAGGAUGCAGCGGAGCUUCGACUUGCCCAAGAUUCGACAUUCUCCAGUUUCGAGACCCAAUCCAGAUUAUAUCUUGAUCAAACUCCGCAAUCGCAACCGUCUGUAAUCUAUGUUUCAUCAGGAGACCUCGAUGAAGUUGCAAAGUUCACCCUCGAGGCAACGAAGAACAAUAAUACCGUCAACAUUCCUGUAGUUACAAAGUUCGAUCUUCUCAAGGGAGUGGCACUGGCUGAAUUAAAUGCCCUGACAUGGGAUCAGCAAGCAAUGGUAGAUUUUUUGGUCAUGUUGAAAGCUUCGGACUUCGCAGGGGUUGGCCAUUCAGGAUUUGCCUGGAAUAUUGCAUUGAAAAGGCAUACUCUCGCACAGCAAAAAAAAUACUUGGAUGGGCCACAGAUGUUGAGCGAUGAUUUGAGUCAAAUUUAUGGGAAUGUGAGGGGAUACCCGGAGUUUGCUGCAUGCAUAUGGCCUUGA